UAUAUAUAUAUAUAUAUAUAUAUAUAUAUAUAUAUAUAUAUAUCAACUUGACAAAAUGAUCGAGGAAUCAGUAUUCAUAGGAAAAGCAAAGGAUAUGGAAAACAACCAAAGCUACAAGCAGCAUAUUGUGCUUGUACAUGGUGCAUGCCAUGGAGCUUGGUGCUGGUUCAAGCUCAAGCCGCUGCUCGAGUCAGCCGGCCACCGGGUCACCGCGAUGGACCUCUCUGCUUCCGGGAUAAACCCGAAACAGAUUGAAGAAGUUCUAACUUUUGAGGAGUAUAGUCUUCCCUUGCUUGAAUUUAUGGCUUCUCUCCCGGUUAGAGAAAAAGUCAUUUUAGUUGGUCACAGUCUUGGUGGUAUAAACAUAGCUCUUGCAUCGGAUAAAUAUCCCGAUAAAGUUCGGUUGGCCGUUUUCCUAACAGCUUUCAUGCCGGAUUCUGUUCAUGCACCUUCGUAUCCUUUGGAUCAGUAUGUCGAGCGGAUGCCGGCCGAUAAUUUUAUGGACACGGAGUUCAAAUCCUGCGGCAGCCCAGAAAAGCCACUAACAACUAUGUUCUUCGGGCCGCAGUUUUUUGCCUCCAAACUUUACCAAAACGCAUCCACUCAGGUAACUUUUUUUUAACAUUGGAUCUUUCGAAGAAACAUUCCUAACAAAUUCCCAAUUAUCAUCUCUCUGGUCUUUCAAAAGUAAAGUUUGUCAGUUUUGGUCUUUUUACAUUUUUCGUUUUUGGCGUUUUAGGAUCUUGAGUUGGUUAAGUUUUUGGCAAGACCAAGUUCAUUAUUUCUGGAAGAUUUGUCGAAGGUUAAACCCCUUUCAAAAGAAGGUUAUGGAUCAGUGAAGCGAGCUUAUAUCAUAUGCGCGGAGGAUAAAGCCAUACCAAAACAUAUUCAGAGCUUGCUAAUUGAAACAGUCGGAGUAUCCAUGGUGAAAGAGUUAGAAGACUCGGACCAUAUGCCAAUGCUCUCCAAGACCCAACAACUUUGCCACACGCUUGAAGUGAUCGCUGAUCAAUUUACAAUGGCAUGAUCAAUUUUGAGUAAUCAAUCUUAUGGGCGGCUUUGUUUUUUGUUUUUUGUUUUUUUUUUUUU